AUGUCUUAUGAGCUGGAGUCAAAGAAGCGCAAGUUCCAUCGGAUCCUGGAUUCAAUAUCCAAACCUCAACAGCCCGAGCCUACACCAACACCACCCCCUGCUCCGCCCAUGACAGCUCGAGAGCGUGUCGCCGCCAACGUAUCGAUCAAGAAAGUCCGCCUAAGCAGCAACGAUCGCUCCGAGCUCACAUCCGUGCGCAAUUCGAUACAGAAAAUCUCUCGGCCCGCGAACCGAACGUCAUCUGCGUCAUCUGCGUCCUCGAAUAAGCGCCCAACCUUUGUUCCCUGGGAUCGUGAACGGUUCCUGGAGCGGCUAGAGACAUUUCGCCGUGUCGAUCGAUGGACUUCAAAACCGGCCCCUAUCAACGAGGUACAAUGGGCGAAGCAUGGCUGGAUAUGUACGGAUUCAAAGCGCGUCACUUGCGUCUCUGAAUGCGGUGGUGCGGUCGUUAUCAAACUUCCUGAUGAGAUCGACGAACUCGAUGGAUUUGAUAGUGAGAAGGUGCGGGAGCGGAACGAAGUCCGUGCGACGCUCGUUGACCAGUAUGCGAAGAUGCUAGUUGAAAGUCAUGGCGAGAGCUGCCCAUGGCGCCAGAAGAGUUGUGAUGCUACUAUUCAACAUCUUCCGUUAACCAAUUGCGAUGUUGCCCUGUCAGGACUACACGACCGCUACAUGAACAUUUUGAAGAUGGGAGAUAAGUUACCGGCCAAUGACGUCGUCCAAACUCUUCAGGAGCCCAACCUUGAUGACAUCGCCAAAUUACUACCCGAUGACUGGUUCAAAGAGGCAGCUCAGCCGGCUGAGCCUGCAGCUGCCCCCACGACGGAGGGUCAGGCGCCACGCAGUGAAAAUCAAGAAUCAUCGGAAAGUAAUCCCUCAUCCGCUGAUGCUCCUCGCUCAGUCAAUCGAGUAGCAUUGGCACUAGCAUUGUUCGGAUGGGAUACGGCCUCCGAUGGAGCUGCCGGUUUAGUCGGAUGCGGUGCAUGCUUCCGUCGGUUGGGACUCUGGAUGUACAAACCCAAAGACAACGGAGAAGUCACGGUCUACACUUCCCUGGAUGUGGCCAGUGAACACAUGGAAUAUUGUCCCUGGAUCAACAAGGUGGCGCAAAGUGGUACUGGUCGACCCAACGAGAAAGUUGAGAGACUACGCGCUGGCUGGGAGUUGGUGGUAGAAGCCGUCAAGGUGAAGAACCGACGACGCAUGCGCUUUACGAAAUCUUCAGAGACUCUUUGGCCUGCUACGCCUGUGGAGGAGCAUCCACUCGAAGACGAGGAUCCAGAGGCGAAGAAGAAAGCAGAUAGUGAGUGGUGGACGAAGAUCCAACGAGUGAGACAGAUCUUGAAAAGUAGGACGCCAAAGCCGAAACCCGCUUCGUCUUGA